AUGGCCGAUGAAGAUAGCCCUCUGAUCAAAGCACUCCCACCAGCAUCGGACUACCUGACCUACCUGACCAUCAUCGAAUACAACCUCAAGACUGAGAACUUGCCAAUCCUGCACAAAGUUUUGCAAGAUGAAACAUUGACAACCAACAUUGGCUGGGAUCUCGUGCAUCUUUUGGUGCCACUGCUACCCGAAUCGGAGCAAUGCCUGCAGGAUAUUGCCCGACUAGGCAACCCACGAGAAGUAAUUCUGAAAGUUACAGAAAGCUUGAGGCUGAUCGAAUAUGAUGAUGUCGAUGAGGACGAACUCGAUGCCAGUGUUGGUGCCACGGAUGCGCGAAAGCGAGCAGAUUCUAACACAUUUCCGCUCAAAACUGCUGCGCCAGAGGGCAACAAAGCGAGAGAGUUGCCGCCGCCUUUACCGCUCGCUGUGCAGCAAUUCGUGGCUCUACUGUCUAUGCUUGCGAUUUUGCAAACCAGGAUCAAGACCAAAGCGCCAAGUCGAUUCCUAAGCACGAGUCUCCAGGCUAUUCUUUCCAGCUUCUCGAGUGCGCAGAGUCAUCGAGAAGAGAUGAUCGAGGCUAUUGUCAAGCUCGUGAAGGCUGUGAGCGGAACCUCGAGGCCGACACUGCCAACACGAAAGAGCAGUGGCAUGCUUCAGUCUAGCGCGAUGGCGAAAGCACAAAAUGCUGCCGAUCCGGAAGGUCCCAACACUGUCGAGUACACCGACGCCGAGAAAUCAAUGCAGCUUAAGUUGUUGCAAUCUUUCAUCACACAUGUCGUCGAAGAGUACCUGCUCAAUCUGCCGCCAUAUGACGAUGUGCCAGGCAUGGGCUGGUGCAGCCGAAUCAUGGAGAAGGUGCAUCCUGAGCGAACUAUACCCGAGAGUACGACCAUGGUGGAUCGAUUUGCGACAGAGGAGAAGCUGCAUAGGCGGAUCGAUGCAAUCGGUCGACUGGUGACGCUUGCCAAGGAUCUCAAGAUAUCGAACGAAGAGCUGCUCUCUGCGGCUAUGGCUGUUGAGAAGGUUGCAGAGCUGGGCGGCGACGAAGACGAUCCGCCGGCCUCGGCAGCUGAUAUUCCACUAUCAUGUCACGGAUCUCUUCUACUGUACACCGCGAGACAGGUCUCUGGCAUUCUGUACUCGGAUGGAGCGACGUUAGCUGGCUCGUCUGGACCGAGUGUCGAACUCUUCCCGCAGCAUCAAGACAUUAUGAAGAACUGUCUCGCCUCACCUGAGAUGGGCGAAGGCCAUCUCGGCACAGAACCAGAAGCGCUAGUCGACGCUGUGCUCGCUCUUGGACUGCAAUGUCUUGAGCAAGACGCUACCGGAGAGCCGAAGUCUGAUGAGCAGUUCAAUGAGUAUCUACAAGUUGUGGCACUCCUUUCCUCGAACUGUCCGAACGCCAAUCUGAGAGGACAUGCGCAUUACCUUACGAGUACGGUCCUACGCUCACAGCCAGACGAGCAAGUCCGUCUAUCAUUCAUUCGCGACACCCUUGAACACUGCCCGUUCGAGAACUUGAAAGUCUCUGCAGUAGGAUGGAUCAAGGGCGAGACGCUCGAAGCGAACCCAAUGAAGAUGCCAGGACACGAAUCGCCCAGCAACGGAGAAGCCCAGGAAGAGAAGUCCAUCUUCUCCCGACCUCUCGCUCUUGACAGCCUCGCGCCUCAUCUCUUUCCUUCUUUGCAAACAGAGCUCAUCACUGCACCAAUCUCUGACGCCUGGAUGACGUUCCAGACGAACGUCUCAUUCUACCUCGCGAGCCUGAACCUGAUCUACCUACUCCUCACUGCGAAGCAUGUACACGAAUCGCUCGAGAUCUCAGAGUUGUGGAACAAUAAUGAUAUCGCUGGCAGUUUCCUCGGCCCACUGAGAGACGCGAGAAAGCGGUUCGUGGAUGCUAUGGAGAACGGAGGAGAGUUACAAAGUGAGAAGAGGGACGAGACUGCAGCAGAGCUGGCGUUGCUACAAGUGACAAUCGAGAGAGUAGAAAGCGCUGUGAAGCAUUUGAACUGA